AACUCUUUGUUUUCGGUUUCCAUUUCUACAUCUUCGCUGCUGAAUCCAAAAGCUCAACUCGCUAACGUAAAAUCAAAGAACAAGCAAAGUGGUAAUUGAAGAUUCAGAAGCAUGAUCUCGCAGUUGUUCGUGCUCUCCCAGAGAGGCGAUAGCAUCGUCUUCCGUGAUUAUCGUGGUGAAGUACCCAAAGGGAGUGCUGAAAUAUUUUUCCGCAAAGUUAAAUUUUGGAAGGAGGAUGAAGGAGGGGACGCUCCACCUGUAUUUAAUGUAGAUGGUGUGAACUACUUUCAUGUGAAGGUUGCUGGCUUGCUAUUUGUUGCAACAACGAGGGUUAAUGUCUCACCAUCACUUGUUCUGGAAUUUCUUCAAAGAAAUGCACGUGUAAUCAAAGAUUAUCUUGGUGUUCUCAAUGAAGAGUCGCUACGCAAAAAUUUUGUGCUGGUGUAUGAGUUGUUGGAUGAAAUGAUUGAUUUUGGUUAUGUUCAAGCAACAUCAACCGAGGUUCUGAAAUCCUUUAUAUUUAGUGAGCCAAUCAUGAUUGAUGCUGCAUGUUUGCCCGGCCUUGGUCCUGCUUCCUUCUUUGUGCAAGGGGCCAAAAGAAUGCCUGGAACUGCUGUAACCAAAUCUGUUGUAGCCAAUGAAUCUCGUGGCAGGAAUAGAGAGGAAAUUUUUGUCGAUGUGAUUGAGAAAAUAAGUGUCACAUUCAGCGCUAGUGGUUAUGUGCUUACUUCUGAGAUUGAUGGUACAAUCCAAAUGAAGAGUUAUCUUACUGGCAACCCAGAGAUUCGGCUUGCUUUAAAUGAAGAACUAAGCAUUGGAAGAGGUGGUAGGACAAUCCAUGAUUAUAGUAGUUCAUCUGGAGCAGGGACAUUGAUUCUGGACAACUGUAAUUUCCAUGAAUCAGUACAGCUUGAUAGUUUUGACAUGGACAGAACUUUGUCUCUGAUAGCGCCAGAUGGUGAAUUUUCUGUCAUGAACUAUAGAAUGACCCAAGAAUUUAGACCCCCCUUCCAUAUUAAUGCAUUAAUUGAAAAACUGGGAUCCCUUAAGGCUGAAGUUAUUAUUAAAGUGCGUGCUGAAUUCCCCUCCAGUGUCACUGCAAACACUAUACUUUUAGAGAUGCCACUGCCAGCAUAUACUAGCAGGGUUAGUUUUGAGUUGGAGCCAGGCGCAGUGGGAAAUACAACCGACUUUAAAGAAUCAAGUAAGAGGCUCAUAUGGGGCUUGAAGAAGAUUGUUGGUGGAUCUGAACAUAUGCUACGUGCAAAGCUGACAUUUCCACAGGAGACGCAUGGAAAUAUCAACAAGGAAGCUGGACCAGUUAGCAUGACCUUUACCAUUCCAAUGUACAAUGCCUCAAGACUUCAGGUAAAGUAUUUGCAAAUAGCAAAGAAGUCACCAACCUCUAACCCAUAUCGAUGGGUAAGAUAUGUCACGCAAUCAAAUUCCUAUGUUGCUCGAUUGUAAACAGAAGCCUUCUCUUCCACUUGUUUUUCUUGCUUUUUCUUUUUAACGUUUGUGUACUCACAUCUUCACCUUAAUCAAAUGACUGAAAAUUAAAUUAUAAAAGAAAUAUAUGAGUGUGUGUUGCA